AUGGCCGACGCAAAUCAUGCCGAGCCCACGCUCGACAUCAACCGGCACCUCAAAUAUUGGAAAAUGUGCCUCCAAGCGCCCUUGCCUAAUCACUACCUCUCCAACGAAGGUGUGCGGAUGACCCUGGCCUACUUUAUUGUCAACUCUAUUCGUAUCCUGGAACAAGAAGGCGGACAGGAGGACCAGGCAGGAAAAGGCUCGGCGAACCUUGGAACCCCUCUCAUCCACCCAAAAGACCACGCCCGCCUCCGCGCUUGGGUUCUUUCACAUCAACAACCCAGUGGCGGGUUCGCGCCGUCAUCCACGCUUCUCUACCCCCCCACUCCCCUCACUUCUUCGGGAAACGGUUCACAACGAGACCAGCCAGAAGAAGAAAAGCCCACCGUAGCCAACCUCCCGGCUACUCUCUUCUCUCUUCAGCUUCUGGCCCUACUCGCAGAUGACGGUGAAGAGGGAGAACGGGGUGCUUUUGAUGGGGUUGAUAGGGCGCAGAUAUUGCGGUGGAUGAAGCGACUGCAGCGCGCAGACGGGAGUUUUGGGGAAGUGGGGAGGGAGAUGCCGGGUAAGGGGUGGUUUAUUGGCGGUGGGUAUGAUAUGCGGUACUGCUAUAUUGCGGCGUCGAUACGGUGGAUGUUGAGGGGGGACUUGCGGGAGGGAGAGGAGGGUUGGGUGGAGGAUUUUGAUACGGGGGCGUUGGAAAGGUAUAUUCUUGGAAGUCAGACCUACGACGGUGGAUUUGCCGGAAGCUCAAAAGAAGAACCUCACGCCGGUUACGCCUAUUGCGCGGUCGCCGCGCUCUCUCUCCUUCACCGACCCCUAACCAACAGCACCGCCUCCCUCACGAGCAACAUCCUCCAAUCCAGCAUUCGCGACACCCCCAAACUCCUCCACUGGCUCGCCUCCCGCCAGUUCGUCUACCUCGAGCCACCCCAAAACGACACCAACUCCGACUACGAAGACGAAGACAACUUCCUUCUCCCCGCCCGCCCCUCAGACCUCACCUCCAUCACCUCCCCAUCUUCCCCCAUCCCGCUACACGUCGCCUCCAACGGCCGCUGCAACAAAGUCGCCGACACCUGCUACACCUGGUGGGUGGCCGCGGCCCUCUCCGUUCUUGGACACAGCGACCUCAUCGAUUGGCCGGCCUCGCGGCGGUUCUUGUUGGAUCGGAUGGCGCACCGUAUUGGUGGGUUUAGUAAACACCCUGGUGGUCCGCCGGAUGUGUAUCAUGGGUGUUUUGGGCUGGCGGCGCUGGCGGUGAUGGGGGAGGAGGGGCUGGCGAGGGUGGAUUGUGCGCUGGCGUUGCCGGUGAGGACUGUGGGGGUUGUUGAGAAGGCGAGGGAGGAGUUGGUGAGGAAGGCUGUGGGGGAUGGGAAACGUGAAGAGGGGGGGUUGAAGGAGGUGGGGUUUGUUGAUACGGGGCUGGCAUUGAGGGGGAACGGCCGGGCUGGUUGA